AAAAUGUUUUUUCAUUUUAUUUUUAUUUUUCUACUAUUAAUUUCUAACUCAACCCAAAAUAUUUUCAAAUACAAUUUAUUUCAUCAAUCACAUCCUAGUGAGCCUAAAAAACCUCCAAAUCCAAUUGUUAUAAUACCUGGUGAUGCUGGGAGUAGGUUACGAGCAAACUUAACAGGAAAACCUUCCACAGUACAUAUAUUCUGUGACAAGACAACAAAAGAUUAUUUUGAUUUGUGGUUGAAUUUGGAGCUAUUCAGCCCUCUAAUAAUUGAUUGUUGGGCAGAUAAUAUGCGUUUGGAAUUUAAUAUGACUACGGGGAUGGCACAGGAACUUGAAGGAGUACAUGUGAGGGUGCCUGGGUUUGGAAAUACUGAAACUGUUGAAUGGCUCGAUGCUUCCAGAAGAUCACCUUCCGAAUACUUUGCCCCAAUCGUCGAAUCACUUGUCUCUUGGGGCUAUACACGCGGAAUUAACGUUGUAGGUGCUCCUUAUGAUUGGAGAAGGGCGCCAAGAGAAUUAUCCAAAUAUUUUGUUAAACUUAAACAUUUAAUUGAAACAUUAUUUUAUAAAAAUGGAAAUCAAAAAAUUUUUAUAAUGGCACAUUCAAUGGGUAAUUGUAUGGCUAAUUAUUUUUAUCAUAAUUUUGUUAAUCAGGCUUGGAAAGACAAGUUUCUGGAAGGCCAUAUUUCUUUAGCUGGGGCGUGGGGAGGGUCUACACAAGUUAUUAAAGUGUAUGCCUCUGGCUAUAAUAUGGACCAUUGGCGAGUUGUUUUACCACCUUCCCGUUUACGAACAAUGCAGCGUUCAUUUACUAGUUCAGCACUUUUAUUUCCCUCGCCUAAACUGUGGGGGCCAAACGAGACUUUUGUAAUAACUCCAAGGAAAAAUUAUUCCUUGUCAAAUAUUGAAGAUUUCUUUAAUGAUAUAGAAUUUCCACAAGGAUUGGAACACUGGAAAAGUGAAAGUCCUUCAUUGAUAAUUGACCCUCCGGGGGUUAAGGUUUACUGUAUUUAUGGAAGUGAAGUAAAAACGCCUGAACAAUAUAUUUGGUAUCAUAAUUGGCUUUUUCCUGAUUAUCAGCCUUAUAUAAGUUAUGGAAAUGGUGACGGAACAGUUAAUUUACGUUCCCUAAGUGUUUGUAAACAAUGGAGUUCUGACAAUAAUUCUGGUUAUCAAGUAAAUAUAACGGUUUUGGAUGGGGCUGACCAUAUGGGGAUUUUAAAUGAUGACAGAACUAUUGAAUUAAUUAAAAAUAUAAUUUUUAAAUAA